UGCAAUUCUGUGCCGGACUGACUACACUGGUGGAAAAAAAGAGGCGGAUUUUGAGAUCAAAUUCCACCUAUUUUGAUCUUGGAUAGUGCUUUUUUGUGACGAUCUCAUAUCAGUAAAAUACAUAUGUCACCAUUUUUAGUCGCAUAAAGAUUACAGGAAUCGAUCAUUCGCUAUUUUAAGACAGUUUUCUUGCGAAAUCUACACAGUCCCGCCCUGAGGACUCCCUGGAAUCUCUGGAUCACACUCACAGCGAGGUAACGGCGACGAGGGAACAAAAUGGCAGCAGCUUUGAAUCAACUUUUCUCUAGGCUAGGAAGUAUUGGUAUUGGUGUUGCAGUUGUAGGAGGCAUUGCAAAUUCGGCCUUAUAUAAUGUCGAUGCUGGACACAGAGCUGUCAUCUUUGACCGAUUUGCAGGAGUGAAGGAUUAUGUUAUGGGAGAGGGAACACAUUUUCUCAUCCCCCUUGUCCAGAGACCUAUCAUCUAUGACUGUAGGAGUCGACCAAGAAAUGUACCCGUCACUACUGGUAGUAAAGAUCUGCAGAAUGUGAACAUCACUCUUCGUAUCCUGUUCCGGCCAAUAGUUUCUGAACUUCCCAAGCUCUAUGUCAACCUUGGUGAAGACUACGAUGACAGAGUCCUUCCGUCUAUCACCAAUGAAGUUCUUAAAGCAGUUGUGGCUCAGUUUGAUGCUGGAGAGCUGAUCACACAGAGAGAAGUUGUAUCACAAAGGGUCAAUGAGGAACUUGUUGAAAGAGCACACCAGUUUGGAAUCAUUUGUGAUGAUAUCGCAUUGACCCAUCUGACGUUUGGUCGUGAGUUCACCCAGGCUGUUGAGAUGAAGCAGGUUGCUCAGCAAGAAGCAGAGAGGGCGAGGUUCCUUGUAGAGAAGGCUGAGCACCAGAAGCAGGCUGCCAUUACCACCGCAGAGGGAGACUCCAUCGCUGCCUCACUCCUCUCCAAAGCCUUUGCCAACGCAGGCAACGGUCUCAUUGAGCUGAGGAAGCUGGAAGCUGCUGAGGACAUCGCCUAUCAGAUGUCAAGAUCACGUAAUGUCUCCUACCUACCACAAGGUCAACAGACGUUACUUAGCCUUCCUCAGUGAUAGCUUAUUGUAAUCCCAUAAUCCUAUACAUAUAAAAUCAGAUUUGAUGUACUUGACAAAGCCCUCCCAACAAGAUUGAUUCCAUAAUCUUGAGUAAGCUUGGCUUUAUAUGGAAUGGAGAUGUAAAUUUCAAAAGCACUAAUGAAGCAUUGGUAUUCUUUUGAGUGAAGAUAUCUAGGACAUUGAAUAAAACCCUUGAGGGUCUUUUGGCUCUUUUAUAUGAUAAAUAUCAGUUUCCAUAUGCAUGAGAUUCACAGCCAUUUUAGGCUUGGAAUUAACAUUAAAUAUAUUUUCUUCAUCUGUCAAUUCUAACUAUUUGUGUGACCAAUUAUCAAAUGAUACAAUGCAUACAUAAAUUUCAUUCGGAAAUUUUGUUAACAGUAUUUUGACCUAUUGUACAUGAUAAUCACUUCCAGGCUUUUGGAGACAUUUCUACUGUACAUUCAAUAUUUAGUGCUAUAGCUGUUUGUUGUUCUUGAUUUUUCUUAUAUCCAGUGAUAAUUUUGGGAGAAUGUUUUAAGAUGGAUAGCACUCUGUGUAACAUCAUCCAGGGGGUGUUAUAUAGAUAGUAAACCAUUAGGCAAUAUUGAAUUAGACAUGGGUCUCUCUUCAUAUCAUUUUUAUCCAUAGUGGAUCCAUAUCUCAUCUUUGCCUUCAUAAUACAUUGAGAAGGAUACAGUUCCUAACAUUUUAUUGAUGUACCGGUAUUCUAUAUUGGAAAGAAGAUGUUUGUUACCUUUGUAUUGCCAUGAAACUGAUUAUGUGACUUCUAUUUGGAAUUUACAGAUUCACUGAGAUGUGUAUAAAAUGUAAACUAAUGAUCAAUU